CAUAUGCAAGCUUCCCAUAUCCGCGAUCUCCUCCUCGUCGGUGUGCAAGACCUGGCGAAUUCUGCCUCCUCCGCCUCCUAGCCAUCUUAGACCUGCCUCGACCUCCCGAAACAUGAGGUAUCUCGCUGUCGUGAACCGCCGACGAACAGGCUCAGACCCUAUUUGAACCGGACCGUCCUUGUGCCGUCGGCUGACUGACUGGCUUAUUCUCCGCCCUCGCAUGCGAGUGGCCGCCUCAGCCUACAGACCGACGGAACAGCCAACGGCUUCCAAUCCUAGGCACCCGCCGUUUCCGGAGGAUGCCUUCGUUACCGCGGCUUCCUUCUCGUUACAUCGUGUCGACCCUGUAUCCUUGUGCGCGAUAGAUUCCACCUGUCAACUUGGAGGAGGUAGGGCAGAUUGGCAGAGAUCAACAACACUUGAAAAGCUUCACUUCUUCCUUCGCUUGCUUUACCGUCUUUCCUUCGGGUAACCCGAGCCAUUUUAAGUAGAUGAUUCUAAUAGCCACCGACGAUGCCUCCAAUCAACUUCGUCAGCUACGGUGAGGCUCUGAAGGCACACAACUUUGGUUCCAAGUGUCGACUCGCUCCCGUCUCCCGCCCCUCGCCGUCUUCCGAUGCCGACGGCAUCCCUCCAGUCAACGCCCAGUACUUCUACGCAUCGUCUGUCCCCAUCGACGACCCCCUUUCCACCACGACCGUUACCGCCGUAGCCGACCCGAAAUCCUCGAGGAGCAGCCUCCGUCCCUUCUCUCCGGGAGACAACAAUGCCUUAGAGAAGGCUUGGUUGAGCCUCUCUUCUGACAUUUAUCGCGAGAACCACACGAACGCCCGGCAAAACCGUGCCCCUAGCUCUUCUCUUAUCGAGUUAAAUACUCAGAAGCUAGGCAACAUUGUACAUCAGUUAGCUGCGCAACAUGUUGAAAAGCAUGCACGCGAGGGCCUGGCUCGGGAGAAGACCUUAUCUACGGUUAGGACUCUAUCGGAGCCGGAAACGACGACACCGUUGUGCUGCCCCGACCUCCUUAUCGAUGCUGGCAUCGCCCUGCGCGCCUCUUUCUGCACCGUCGCUCGCCGGAGGCAACGCGACCUUGACCGGGAAGCUGUUGCUCAGGCCGUCAUGGGUGAGAUGAGCACGUUGCGUGCUGAUUCGACGUCGGCCCCGGCCACAGGACGGCGUGUGCUGUCGAAUAGCGGCCGGCCAUCAAGCCAGCCGCAGAUGGAGCAGAAUUGUUCUAGUGAGCCGCUCAGCAGCAAACAACCAGGCGGCAUUCCUUAUCCAGAGUCGAUGCCCCAAAUGCCGCAUCAGGGCAUUUCUUCGACAGACAGGAAUUUCGGCGGAUCUACUCCUACCAAAUCAUCGUUCUUGAACGAUGGUAUUUCAGGUAGGCCUUUCGCCCGCGCAGGCACACCGGAGUCCUCCACGUUUUCCCCUCCUCCGUCCCUACCGAGGAACGCCGCUACGUGGCAAUCUACCAGGCCAGCCGAGAGGGGGAGCGAUGAGUUAGAGUCCCGACUCCAGCCACAGGAGAGCUUGAAAUCUUCUACAUCCCGGCCUGCGGAGAGCCUAGGAGCACCGACUUCGGUUGAGGUGACAGUUGGCAUAUCUCGGCUGCACGAAGUAUCGCUUCCUGCCUUGCAGAUGAAGCCCAUUUACUGGUCUCCCGUCAAUGAUAUCGCCACCGUAUUCCGGGCCACUUGGUUCUAUCGGGAUGAUAUGCGGCCCAUUGAUCCUACCGUGGCCAACCAACUUGAAGCCGGAUACCGAGAGCUUAAACCGCAUACCGAAACGUGGCUCGACGAACUUAGAUGUGCUGUGGAAGUCGGUCCUCUUGGCGAAGAGAAAGUCUCGCAUCCUCUUUGGCCCAAGCCGCCGAGCAAGCCUCCGAGAAAGGCCGGUGGCCCAACGGAGCCGCCCAUUUCUAGUAAUCCGUUCUGCGCUGCUCGGUGUUUCCGCGGCGAAGCAGCUGCAGAGGGCAGCCUAAUACCAACUCCGAACGAAGACGACUCUCCUCCGUCCCAAGCCCACAGGAAGUUCGACCAGUAUCAUGUAAUUUACAAAAAUGAGACGACCGCAUAUCUGCUCAAGCCAAGCCUGAAGCCCUCGGCGUACUACGGUCGUCGACCCGUCGCGAAGAUACUUAGGGGUAUCACCAUCGGGAUUCCUGUGGUGAGGGGGUUCGACUAUGAGGUGUGGUUGAAGAAGCACGAAAAGAAACAAGACAUAUCCGUCCGGCUAACCCCGCCAAUUUCGAACGAUUCCCCGGGGAUCGUAGAGAAUGAUGCCUGCUCAGCCUGCAAGGCUGAUGAGAAACGGGGAAACAUCACUGAUCUAGUUCUAGUCAUCCAUGGCAUCGGCCAGAAGUUGGCAGAGCGAGUGGAAAAUUACCAUUUCACCCACGCCAUAAAUUCUUUUCGUCGAGCUGUGAAUAUUGAAUUGCGGAGCGAUGCUGUCAGAGGGGCGUUGAGGCAAGGCCAAAACGGCAUCAUGGUUCUCCCAGUCAACUGGAGACAUAACUUGUCAUUCGAAGAAGGUGGCCUGAUGAAGGAAGAGGAUAAGGCCCACCACAGACCCGGCGACUUCACCUUGAAGGAUAUCGAGCCCGACACUAUUCCUGCCGUUCGGAGUAUGAUAUCCGAUGUCAUGUUUGACAUUCCGUUCUAUAUGUCGCAUCAUAAGCCCAAGAUGGUCGCUGCUAUGGUGAGCGAAGCAAAUCGCGUCUACAGGCUCUGGUGCCGAAACAAUCCCAGCUUCUCGGAGCACGGUAGGGUUCACGUCAUCGGUCACUCUCUGGGUAGCGUGAUGGCCAUCGAAGUGUUAUCGAGGCAACCAACUAUCUUACCAGCUCUGGAACCAACGCAGCCGCUCAAGACAAAGCACUUCGAGUUCGACACCAAGAACUUGUUCCUUCUCGGAAGUCCCGCCGCGUUCUUCUUGCUCCUCGAAAGAGGUGCAUUAUUGCCCAGGAGAGGGCGCCGGAAGCCAGGGGCUAACUUGAGCGACAUCACGUCGAAGGAUAUCGUUGGGGAAGCCGGUUCGUUCGGCUGCCUAGCCGUCGACAAUAUUUAUAACGUCCUGGCCCGGGAAGACGCCGUCGCCUACCUACUCAACGGCACUAUCGACCCAACAUACGCAGCUAGCCUAAAGACGGCGUAUGUACCCAGCACGUCUGUCUCGUUUCUGCAAUCCGUGGGCAAUGCGAUGCUGAGCAUCGUGCCCGGAGCGUCGUCUUCGUCGGCUGCCGGCGCCGGCGCGGCCGUGCCGAGGCCGUCGACCCUGCGCCUCCCGUCGCAGCUCGAGCUCGAGGUGCACGACUUCUCGCGCGAGGAGGUGGCGGAGAAGAAGGCGUUCCUGCUCAACGACAACGGCCAGAUCGACUACUUCCUGCGGUCGGGGGGCGGGCCGCUCGAGCUGCAGUACCUCAACAUGCUGAGCGCGCACUCGAGCUACUGGGCCAGCGCCGACCUCAUCCGCAUGCUCUGCAUGGAGAUCGGCAGGAACCCGGGCAAGGCGAACACGCUGCCGGCGAUGCGGGCGGUCAAGGCGGCGAAGAGGGCGAUCCCCCCGUCAGUCUGACGCGAGGGCUAGGCGGCUAACCGUGAUCCUUGAACCCGGAACGAAUCUAAGUUUAGAGGGAAGAGUUUAUGGUUGAAGUUAGAAUGGUAUGGACGGAUUGCACACGCAUAUAAACGGUCAGGGUAUAUCGCGCACAAGGGAUGCGUAGCUAAGGUUAAUCGGUUCGUAAUUUGCAAAAAGACAUCAUCCCUACGGACUCUGGUCGGGUUAUUGAGCAUUAUUUUCUUUUUCUUUUUUUUUUUCUCUUUUUCAGACCGCAGGCGUUCCCUUGAUACAGGGCAGGACAGGACAGGAUGGCAUAGCAUACUCAUAGGAAAGUAGCUGGCUGGGUAGCUACCUCAACACACCUAUUCACAUAGAACUACUAGACGUCAAAUACACCAUAAUAAGGCCGAU